AUGCAGAAAGGAAUACGGUUGAAUGAUGGCCAUGUAACCUACCUGGGGCUGUUGGCAAAGAAAGAUGGAACGAGAAGAGGUUAUCUGAGCAAGAGAAGCUCAGAUAACACAAAAUGGCAAACGAAGUGGUUUGCUUUGCUGCAAAACCUGCUCUUCUACUUUGAAAAUGACUCCAGUUCCAGACCCUCGGGAUUGUACCUGUUGGAGGGCUGCGUGUGUGACCGGGCGCCGUCUCCCAAGCCGUCCCUCUCAGGAAAGGAAUCGCUGGAGAAACAGCAUUAUUUCACGGUUAACUUCAACCAUGAGAAUCAGAAAACCCUAGAGUUGAGAACAGAAGAUGCUAAAGACUGUGAUGAAUGGGUAGCCGCAAUAACUCAUGCAAGUUACAGGAACCUGGCCACAGAGCAUGAAGCUUUAAUGCAGAAGUACCUCCACUUGCUUCAAAUUGUGGAAACAGAAAAAACAGUUGCUAAACAGCUGCGACAACAGAUCGAAGAUGGGGAGAUUGAGAUUGAACGGCUGAAAUCAGAGAUUGCUUCCUUGCUCAAGGACAAUGAUCGAAUUCAAUCAAUCCAGACGGUCACACCCAAUGAUGAAGACAGUGACAUCAAGAAAAUUAAGAAGGUGCAAAGCUUUUUGCGAGGCUGGCUGUGCCGGAGAAAAUGGAAGACAAUUAUUCAGGACUAUAUCCGGUCACCUCAUGCUGACAGCAUGCGGAAAAGAAACCAAGUGGUAUUUAGCAUGCUUGAGGCAGAAGCAGAAUAUGUCCAGCAACUGCACAUCUUAGUCAAUAACUUCCUCCGUCCCUUGAGGAUGGCUGCCAGCUCAAAAAAGCCUCCUAUUACACACGAUGAUGUCAGCAGCAUCUUCCUAAAUAGUGAAACAAUCAUGUUUUUGCAUCAGAUUUUUUACCAAGGACUCAAAGCCCGGAUAUCCAGCUGGCCGACAUUAGUACUCGCUGACCUAUUUGACAUACUGCUGCCUAUGCUGAAUAUCUACCAGGAGUUUGUGAGAAACCAUCAAUACAGCUUGCAGAUCUUAGCUCACUGCAAACAGAACAGGGAUUUUGACAAACUCCUCAAGCAUUAUGAGGCAAAGCCAGACUGUGAGGAGAGAACUCUGGAGACCUUUCUCACUUAUCCUAUGUUUCAGAUCCCUAGGUAUAUUCUGACAUUACAUGAGCUCCUGGCACACACUCCUCAUGAACAUGUAGAGCGCAACAGUUUGGAUUAUGCAAAAUCAAAACUAGAGGAAUUGUCCAGAAUAAUGCACGAUGAAGUGAGUGAAACUGAGAACAUUCGGAAAAACCUGGCAAUUGAAAGAAUGAUCAUAGAAGGGUGUGAAAUUCUCCUGGAUACCAGCCAAACUUUUGUAAGACAAGGUUCCCUCAUCCAGGUGCCUAUGUCUGAAAAAGGAAAAAUUACAAGAGGACGCCUGGGGUCCCUGUCCUUAAAGAAAGAGGGAGAGAGACAAUGCUUUCUGUUUUCUAAGCAUUUAAUUAUCUGUACCAGAGGCUCUGGUGGAAAGCUACACUUAACAAAGAAUGGAGUAAUCUCACUCAUUGACUGCACGUUGAUGGAAGAGCAAGAAAGUACAGAUGAGGAAAAUAAAUCCUCUGGACAAGAUAUAGACCACUUGGAUUUUAAGAUUGUGGUGGAGCCAAAAGACUGUCCUUCUUUCACUGUCAUCCUCGUGGCAUCCUCGAGACAAGAGAAAGCUGCCUGGACAAGUGACAUUAGUCAGUGUGUAGAUAAUAUUAGAUGCAAUGGCCUCAUGAUGAAUGCAUUUGAAGAAAACUCCAAAGUCACUGUUCCUCAAAUGAUCAAGUCAGACGCCUCCCUAUAUUGUGACGAUGUUGACAUCAGAUUCAGCAAAACCAUGAACUCUUGUAAAGUCCUACAGAUCCGUUAUGCCAGUGUAGGGCGACUUCUAGAGAGGCUCACAGACCUUCGGUUCCUGAGCAUAGAUUUCCUCAACACUUUCUUGCAUUCCUAUCGAGUUUUCACAACAGCUGUGGUGGUUCUGGACAAGCUCAUCACUAUUUACAAGAAACCUAUUAGUGCAAUACCUGCAAGGUCACUGGAGCUCUUGUUUGCCAGCGGCCAAAACAACAAGCUUCUGUAUGGUGAACCUCCUAAGUCCCCAAGAGCUAAUCGCAAGUUCUCCUCCCCACCACCUCUAUCCAUUACCAAGUCAUCUUCACCAAGUAGAAGAAGAAAGCUUUCCUUAAACAUCCCCAUCAUCACUGGAGGAAAGGCUUUGGAUCUGGCUGCUUUAAGCUGCUCUUCAAAUGGCUAUGCAAGCAUGUAUUCUUCUAUGUCACCUUUUAGUAAGACCACGCUGGACAUCAGCAAAUUAUAUGUAUCGAGUAACUUUCCUAAUAAGAUACCUGAUGAGGGUGAAGGUACAGCUGAAAAAAUAGAAGACUCAAAUCUCAACAAACAAAGCUCAGAAGUCUCAGUAAGAGAAGAGUCAGAUAAUGAUCAAAACCAGAGUGAUGAUGCAGACACAGAAACUUCACCCACUAAGUCCCCAACUACCCCAAAAUCAAUCAAAAGCAAGAAUGCUUCAGAAUUUUCUCUAUUUUCUUAUAACAAUGGAGUUGUUAUGACUUCUUGUCGAGAACUGGACAAUAACCGGAGUGCCCUCUCGGCUGCCUCAGCUUUUGCCAUAGCAACUGCGGGAGCCAAUGAGGGAACACCAAACAAGGAGAAGUACAGAAGGAUGUCAUUAGCGAGUGCAGUCCCACCAAAGGCUGUCAGUUUAAGAGAGUCUUUAAGAAGAGAAGUGGUCAAAAGGACCAUCCUCUUUAACAAAAAUGAGCUGAGCAAGAAAUGGACUUUGACACAAGAAGAUCCAGGAGACAACCAGAUCACACUGGAGGAAAUCGUGCAAAUGGCUGAGGGAGUGAAAGCAGAGCCCUUUGAAAACCACUCUGCUUUGGAAAUAGCUGAACAGCUGACGCUACUGGACCACCUGGUCUUUAAGAAGAUUCCAUAUGAAGAGUUUUUUGGACAAGGCUGGAUGAAGGUUGAAAAGAAUGAAAGAACACCUUACAUUAUGAAAACCACCAAGCAUUUCAAUGACAUCAGUAAUCUGAUAGCUUCAGAAAUCCUCCGAAGUGAGGAUGUCAAUGCCCGAGUCAGUGCCAUUGAAAAGUGGGUGGCUGUGGCUGACAUCUGCCGAUGCCUACACAAUUACAAUGCUGUGCUAGAAAUCACCUCUUCCAUGAACCGCAGUGCAAUAUUCAGACUGAAGAAAACAUGGCUGAAAGUCUCCAAACAGACAAAAGCUUUGAUUGAUAAACUCCAAAAACUUGUGUCAUCAGAGGGCAGAUUUAAGAAUCUGAGAGAAGCUCUGAAAAAUUGUGACCCACCUUGUGUUCCAUAUCUUGGAAUGUACCUCACUGAUCUGGCAUUCAUAGAAGAAGGAACACCCAAUUAUACAGAAGAUGGCCUGGUAAACUUCUCCAAAAUGAGGAUGAUAUCCCAUAUUAUCAGAGAGAUCCGUCAGUUUCAGCAAACAGCCUACAAAAUAGAACACCAAGCAAAGGUAACACAAUAUUUACUGGACCAAUCUUUUGUAAUGGAUGAAGAAAGCCUUUAUGAAUCCUCUCUACGAAUAGAACCCAAAUUGCCAACCUGA